AUGUCUCAUCCAGAACAACUCGCCGCUGAACAACAACACCAACGAGAUGAUGAUGAUCAGCAAAACAACGACGAGAAUCGAGCACACACAACGGUUGGAGAAGCACACCAAAAUCGAGAAGGACAAGAACUCGGGGAACUUUUGGAACUCAUCCCUCUCGGCGCCGGCUCUGAAGUCGGCCGCUCGUGCAUCGUCGCCUCUUUUUUCGAAGGGAAGAAAAACGUCAUGUUCGAUUGCGGCAUCCACCCGGGAUUUAGCGGAUUGUCCUCGCUCCCGUAUUUCGACGAAAUCGACGUCAGCGCGAUCGACGUGUUACUCGUGACGCACUUCCACUUGGACCACUGCGCGGCGGUACCGUUUUUGGUGAACAGGACGAAUUUUAAAGGGAGAGUGUUCAUGACGCACGCGACGAAGGCGAUUUUUCACAUGCUCAUGAGCGACUUUGUUCGCUUGUCGGCGAGACAACAACCGAAAGCGAAAGGGAGCGAAGAAAAGGAAGAGGAAGAGGACGAAUCGCAACUCUGGGACGCGAAGGAUUUAAAAGCUGCGAUGGAUAAAAUCGAAGUGAUUGAUUUCCACCAAGAGAUUAACAUCGACGGGAUUAAAGUGACGCCGUAUAGAGCCGGGCACGUUUUAGGCGCGUGUCAGUUUGAAGUGAACGUGGGCGGAUGUCGCGUUUUGUACACCGGGGAUUACUCUCGAGUCGCGGAUCGACACUUACCGGCCGCGGAUAUACCGAAGAAGACGCCGCACGUUGUCAUCGUGGAGAGCACGUACGGAGUGAGUCCGCACACGCCGAAAGAGGAAAGAGAGGCGCGGUUUACCGAUAAGAUUCACGGGAUUUUAGGGAGAGGCGGGAAGUGUUUGUUGCCGGUGGUCGCGUUGGGGAGAGCGCAGGAGCUACUUUUAAUUUUGGAAGAUUAUUGGGAGAAACAUCCGGAGAUGAGUCACGUGCCGGUGUAUCAAGCGAGCGCGUUAGCGAGGAAAGCGAUGACGGUGUUUGAAACGUACAUAAACGUUCUCAACGCGGACAUUAAGAGACAGUUUGAGGAGAAAAAUCCGUUCAAUUUUAAACACGUGCAAAGUUUAAAUCGGGCGAGCGAUUUGGAUGGGAACACUGGGCCGUGCGUUGUUUUAGCGACGCCUUCGAUGUUACAAAGUGGAACGAGCAGGGAGUUGUUUGAAAACUGGUGCGAAAGUUCCGACAACGGGGUGGUUAUUUGUGAUUUUGCGGUGCAAGGAACGUUGGCGAGGGAAAUUUUAAGCGACGUGAAAACAGUCAAAGCGAGAGAUGGAAGAGAGUUACAGCUGAGGUGCUCCGUCGAUGCGAUUUCCUUCAGCGCGCACGCGGAUUACCCGCAGACGCAACAGUUUUUGGACAUUUUGAAUCCACCGCACGUGGUUUUAGUCCACGGAGAAACCUCGGAAAUGGCGAGGUUGAAAAGAGCUUUGGAGGCGAAAGCUGUCGCGGACGGGAAAGAGAUGAACGUGUUCGCGCCGAAGAAUUGCCAAUCGGUGGAAAUUCGGUAUCGAGGUGAGAAAGUCGCAAAGGUUGCCGGGUCGUUAGCGAGCGAUUGUUUACCCGUAGAAGGUCAAGAGGUGAGAGGCGUUUUAGUGGCGAAAGAUUUCGGUCAUUUGUUAGUCGCGCCGGAGGACGUGAGAGAUCACGCGAGGUUGCGAACCAGCGUCGUGACGCAACGACAAUUGAUUCCGUGCGAAGUGAACAUCGAUACUUUGCGAUUCGCGCUAGAGGCGUUGUUUGAAGGCAUGCACGCGGUGAGAACGUUAAGAAUGCCUAAGAAGAGCAGCUUUAAAAACGAAGAGGACGAUGAUGAAAACAUAAUCGAAGAAAAGAAAACGGAAGAGAAAAAGAGCCUGACGAAAGGGCGUAAAACGAAAAAAGCGAAAAAAGAAGUCGCGAUGAUUAAAAAAGAGGAAGACGAGGAAGACGACGACGAUAAAUGGGAAGAAGGUGUUUCGAUAGACAACGGUGCGGUUACACUUCGUAAAGCGAAGAAAUCCGACGAAGUUGGCGUUGAACACGUGAUUUUAGAGUGGGCGUCCGAUCCGUUCGCGGACGUGUUAGCCGACGCCACUUUAUCGGUCGUUUUGCAAUUGAACCGAGAACCGGAAACGCUAAAAGCGUACGAACGCGAUCACGCGAUCGCUAUGAAGGAGAAUGACACGGAGGCCGUGGAGUUGCUGCGGUUUAAAAUGGCCGUCGCCAUGCUCGAAGCGCAAUUCGGCAAGGCGCAAAAAGUCGACGAGAAGACGCGCGUUUUAGAAAUGAACGUGGACGCGAAGCGCGUGACGAUUUUACACGCAACGAGAACGGUCGCGUGCGACGAGGACGAAUCCACCCGGUCGCGAGUUGAGUUGGCUUUAGGUAGAAUUGACGAAGCGAUUGCGGAUUGUUCGUACGCGCGUCGCGUGCGAAGCGCGACAACCACUGGCGGCGGAGGCGCGACUGCGGUGUAA